AUGCAAUCAACAGGGACUAGUCACUUCAUCGGCAAUGCUGUGAACGGUCCGGGUGUCCAGUCCCCAUGGGCUAGUGGGGGACCAGGAGGGUCCUCUGGGGACUUCCCUGACUUCUACCAAGGUGGUGGUAGCGUUAUGUCACCCUCCUCUACAAUGGGUGGUAGCGGAGUUGUACCACCCCGUCAACCAUCGUUGGGUGGUGGAGUGCCUCCCGCUCAACAGCCUAGCACAGUAGGGGGCUCUAUGGGGGACUUUGAUACGGAAGAUGAGGACGAUUUGGCCAAUGAGCCUCCCCUUCUCGAAGAACUUGGUAAGUCGUCAGCUGGUGUUGUUGUCGUUGUUACUUUUGUUACUGUUGUUGUUGCUGACCUUAUUGUUGCUGACCUUAUUGUUGCUGACCUUAUUGUUGCUGACCUUAUUGUUGUUGACCUUGUUGUUGUUGACCUUGUUGUUGUUGACCUUGUUGUUGUUGACUUUAUUGUUGUUGACCUUAUUGUUGUUGUUGUUGUUGACCUUAUUGUUGUUGACCUUGUUGUUGUUGACCUUAUUGUUGUUGACCUUGUUGUUGUUGACCUUAUUGUUGUUGACCUUAUUGUUGCUGACCUUAUUGUUGUUGACUUUAUUGUUGUUGACCUUAUUGUUGUUGUUGUUGUUGACCUUAUUGUUGUUGACCUUAUUGUUGUUGACCUUGUUGUUGUUGACCUUAUUGUUGUUGACCUUGUUGUUGUUGACCUUAUUGUUGCUGACCUUAUUGUUGUUGACUUUAUUGUUGUUGACCUUAUUGUUGUUGUUGUUGUUGACCUUAUUGUUGUUGACCUUAUUGUUGUUGACUUUAUUGUUGUUGACCUUAUUGUUGUUGUUGUUGUUGUUGACCUUAUUGUUGUUGACCUUAUUGUUGUUGACCUUGUUGUUGUUGACCUUAUUGUUGUUGACCUUGUUGUUGUUGACCUUAUUGUUGUUGACCUUAUUGUUGUUGACCUUUUUGUUGUUGACCUUAUUGUUGUUGACCUUGUUGUUGUUGUUGACCUUAUUGUUGUUGACCUUGUUGUUGUUGCUGACCUUUUUGUUGUCGACCUUUUUGUUGUUGACCUUAUUGUUGUUGACCUUGUUGUUGUUGACCUUUUUGUUGUCGACCUUUUCGUUGUUGACCUUAUUGUUGUUGACCUUGUUGUUUUUAUCCAACAGGUAUCGACCUAG